GAGGCGCCACGCCGCGGCUGCAACGCGCGGCCUGGCCGGGCUCCUCCUCCUCCCGCUCCCGCCAGUAGCAGACUCUUUGGAACAAACCAACAUUCAUGGAUUCUGCUGGGUUGCCAGAGGCCGGUCAGGUAUCUGCUGAUGCCAGGACACACUUCAAAGUCUGCAGGUUCAUCAUGGAGGCAGGCGUGAAGCUGGGCUUGCGCUCUGUCCCCAUUGCCACAGCAUGCGCCAUUUACCACCGGUUCUUUAUGGAGGUGCCUCUGGAACCUUAUGAUCCCUACUUGGUAGCUAUGGCUGCCCUUUACCUGGCGGGGAAGGUAGAAGAGCAGCACCUGCGGACAAGGGACAUCAUCAAUGUCAGCCACAGGUACUUGCACCCGCGAAGUGACCCCCUGGAACUGGACAUGCAUUUCUGGGAGCUGAGAGACAGCAUUGUCCAGUGUGAGCUGCUCAUGCUGCGGGUGCUUUGUUUCCGUGUCUCCUUCCAGCACCCCCAUAAGUACCUUCUCCACUACUUGUUGUCCCUGAAGCACUGGAUGAACCGGCACAGCUGGGAUCGGACCCCAGUGGCCGUGGCAGCCUGGGCCUUGCUGCGGGACAGCUACCACGGGCCACUGUGCCUGCAACACCCCCCUCAGCAUAUCGCUGCAUCCGUCCUUUACCUGGCCCUGCAGUGUUACGGGGUGGAGGUGCCUGCUGAUGCUGAAGCAGAGAGGCCUUGGUGGCAGGUGUUCAGCGAAGAUCUCUCCAAAAAUAUCAUUGACCAGAUUGUCUUGGGCUUGAUCCAGAUCUAUACUCUGGAUACAGAAAUUUCUUAAGUACAUUGGGCCGUAAGGAGAAAACUUCAGUGUCCCAAGUUGGCUGGUCACUUUAAGUGGGGUUGAGGUGAUCGUGUUGCCCACACCAAAUUUGUAUCCUGUUUGUUUUGAGCAACCCAAUAGAACAGAAUGGGCCGUAUUGGUGUUUGUGCCUGGAUAGAUUGCGUUCUGUGGUGUCCCUGAAUCAUUUUCCAGCCUGGAAUUAGUCUGAAGCCUUACAUCCUCUACUCCCACCUUGGUGCCAGCUCAGAGUCCAUGGGGAAAGAAGAACAUGGGGAAGGAACCUGUUGUCUCCCUACUACAGGUGAAACAUGUUGCCAGGAUAUUUCCCCCACCUGUUUCUGGAAUGGUUCCCCAAAGCUUCAACGUACCAGUCAUAGAUCUUGCAUGAAGUACUGUGACUCCAUGACAUCUGACAAAGACUACACUGCUGUGAAUGCCUUAGUUCCAGAGGAAAAAAAUUCACUGAUGAACUAUUACAGCCAAUGAAUAGAGAAAAAUGGCACCACUCAUUUCAAGCCUCAUCACACCCCUUGCAGUUCUUUCCUCCCAGUGUUGGAAACUCAAGACAUAAAAACUAGGAGCCAAUUGGCACCUUGAAUUCUUGUUGCGGUUGCCCCAACAGAAUGCCUCUUCACCAGGGGGUUGGACUAGAUGACCCGAGUUCCAUCUGACAAGUUGAAAUGUUGGCACUGAUUGAACAAUCAGAAGUUCAAUCCUUGAACCCUUUGCUCUUUCAAAACUCUAGAACUCGAGUUUCGUCCAGUUACACGACAGUAUCUUCAGGACAUGCCAAAGUCUGUAUGCCGAUAGCACAAAAUAAUUAACAUGAGGUUUAUUGCCAUGGAACGUGAUGCUCUUAAAAAGGAUUAGGCAAAUUCAUAAAGCCUUGGUCUGUCACUGCUAUUAGCCUUGGUAGCUACAGGGAGUAAUU